AUGAUUUCUAAAUCAUUUUCAACUCAAAUGAAAAUCAGUAUGGGAGAAGCUUUAUCUGAAUUACUUUUGGAGAGGAUAGAUGAUUUAAUCUACAGUCAAUUGCUCAUUAUUUCUUUUUUUUUCUCUAUGAUUAUGCGACAGAUUCGUUGGGGUAUAGUUCGUGAAAUAUGUGGUGGACUUAUUGGUGUUUCAUUAAUUUAUUAUUUUAUUGGUUGGAAACUAUUGUAUUCGCUCAUCAUUGUAAUUUUAAAUAUUAUCAUAAAUUCAGUCAUGAAGAAUCGCUAUUUACCAUUGGCAUCUUUUAUUAUCACAUUUGUUUAUUUGGGAUUUCUUCGAAUUAUACAUCUAAUUGGCUUUCCAGCUCUUGUUUCACAUUCAAAUGCUGUUCAGCUAAUUAUGACAUUAAGACUUGUUGGUUUAAGUUUCGAAAUUGCUGAUAGUAGAAGAAAAGAUGAGAUGAAAUUUGAUCUGACUAAAACACGAUUUAUUGAAGAACCGUCAUGGUGGCAGACAUUUUUAUAUUCAUAUAAUUUUCCAGGUCUUUUUACUGGUCCAUACUAUACGUAUGCAAUGUAUCGAGAUGUUAUUGAUAAUGAUGAUAUAAUGGAAAUAUCCGUUUGGGAACAUAUUAAAUGGCGUUUAUAUAAUUUUGCUUGGUCAUUACCUGCUUUUCUUUUGCUUUUAUAUGCUUUUCCACUUGAGAUGAUGCGUAAAGAUGAAUUUUUCGAUGAGACAGUUUAUUAUCGAAUAUCGGUUAGUUUCCUAGUAUUUUUAUGGAUGCGAUGUCGUGUAUACAGCGCAUGGAUGGUUGCUGAAUCAAUCUGUGUGCUAAAUGGAAUUGGAAUUUAUCCGGAGGAAAGUUGUCCAUCAGCUGGAAAAGGACCCAACAGAAUUGACAUUUUAAAAGAACAAAUAAAUAGAAAGGGAACAAAAUAUAAUUCGGAAGCAAUACGUAAUUUGGAUAUUUGGUCAAUUGAAUUGAAUGCUUCAUUUCGAGGUGGUAUGAGAGCUUGGAAUCGUACAGUUCAAUUCUGGCUAGCAAAUUGUGUGUAUAAACGUGUUCCACGUUCUAUGGGAGUGUUAUUGACAAUGUUAGUAAGUGCAUUUUGGCAUGGUGUACAUCCAGGUUAUUUCCUGUCAUUUCUUACAGUCCCUUUGUGUACAUUAGCAGAGGAUAAUAUUCUGUCGUUGGUGCCGAAAGAUUCUAAUGGCAAAUUACCACUUUCCUUUACUGUUUUUUGGUACAUUAUACGACAGCUUGGUUUUACAUUGAUGGCAUCAGGAUUUUUAUUACUGACAUGGCGUGAUACAAUUCGUUAUUGGAAUUCGGUUUAUUUUCAUGUACACUGGAUUAUGAUUACAAUUAUUCUACUCUCAUGGUUGUAUAAAUCAUUAAUGAUUUCAGCAGCAAGUGAGAACUCAUUUAAAACAAAUAUCAAAAUGAAAUCAAAUAGCAAUGAAUUUAAAAAGGAAGAAGCUGGUGAUUGGAUAGUUAAAAAAAUGGAUUGA